AUGCUCACGUCUCUCCUACCUCUGCUGGGCUUUGGCUUCUGCCUCUCUGGCAGCCAUGCUCAGUCUUCCACGAGUCAAGCUCCGGCGCCGGGCGCAACUCCCACGGGCAACUAUGCAGGUGCUCUGCGGCCACAGGUCCACUUCUCACCGCCUCAGGGCUUCAUGAAUGAUCCAAACGGGAUGUUCGUCGAUGCGAAUGGAACUUGGCACCUGUACUACCAAUACAACCCCACAGCACUCGUAGCUGGCAAUCAACAUUGGGGCCAUGCGACCUCGAAAGACCUAUACACCUGGACAAAUCAGCCUAUCGCGCUGUACCCGCCGAACAACACGUCGGGUAUAUUCUCGGGGUCGGCGGUCAUUGAUACAAACAACACUUCGGGCUUCUUCAACAACUCCAAGACAGGGGUCGUUGCCAUUUACACCCUUAACACACCUACAGAGCAGACCCAGGAGAUCGCCUACUCGUAUGAUGGCGGAUACACAUUCCAGCCGUACGCGCGCAACCCGGUCCUCCGCAUCGGUUCAAACCAGUUCCGCGACCCCAAGGUCAUCUGGUACCAAGACCACUGGGUCAUGGUCGUUGCCUACUCGGUCGACUUCACUAUCGGUAUCUACACCUCCCCCAAUCUCAAAGACUGGAGCUUCGCUUCCAACUUCACCAACCACGGGCUGCUCGGUCUGCAGUACGAGUGCCCCAACCUCGUCCAGAUGCCUAUCAAGGGCACGACGGACUCGGCGUGGGUCAUGUACAUCUCCAUCAAUCCUGGUGCACCCCUCGGCGGAUCUACUGGCCAGUACUUUGUCGGCAACUUUAACGGAACCCACUUUACCACCUUUGACAAUGCCGCUCGUCUCCCGGACUUUGGGAAGGACAACUACGCGGGACAAUGGUUCUACGGGACCAAGGCGGGAGAGGAUCCGGUGUCGAUCGCCUGGGCGAGCAAUUGGCAGUACACCAAUGUUGUGCCAACGGGAUCGGAGGGAUGGAGGAGCAUCAUGAGUCUGCCAAGGCGAAAUUACCUCGACAAGGCGACCAGAAUCGGCUGGGUGCUGGCCUCGGAGCCGUACGACCUCAGCCCCAUCCUCGGAUCGACCCUCCUCCAGAGCGCCAACCUUUUCAAUAACUCGGCUACCCUGGAUUACUCGUCCGUCUCAUCCGGCGCUAUCUACUUCCGGGCCAACAUCACCUACCCCUCCACCCUCGCAUUCUCCGCAUCCACCCCCGCCACCCUCAACUUUACAUUCUCCUCCUCGGCAUCCGGAGAGUGUAUGCAGGGCGGCUAUUUCUUUUCGUCCGACAAUGCUGGGGCAGUCUGGGUAGACCGCAGCACCGUCAAGGGAUUCCAGAACCCCUUCUUCACCGACAAGUUCUCCCUUACCCAGGCGGGACCCCCUCUCGCCACUGUCAUUGAGGGCGUGAUUGACAGAAGCGUGAUGGAGGUGUUCAUUGACAACGGGCACUUCAGCUCAACGUCAGUGUUCUACCCCAAGGAGAAGCUGGACCAGAUGUUCAUUGGGACCGGAGGGCUGGCCGAGGGGAUGAAGGUGGAGAUUGGGGUAUGGGGAUUGAAGGGCACGUGGAAGUAG